AUGGGUGUCAACCGAACGAACAAGAUCAACCGCUACCGCAACACCGAGCGACGGCGCCAGGUCUCGCGAGAGAACUCGCCCGUACCCGGUAAAGUCCAGCUCUCGGCCGACAUCAAGAAGCGCUCGCACAAGCGCCGUAGCCACUGGCACCAGGUUCGGCGCAGGGCCCAGCAGCGAGCACAGGCAUGGGCGACGAUCGCUCAUAGCACGCAUGACAUCGUCUGCGGCAGCGGCAGAUACAUCGAAACCCGCCGCUGCAAAGUGAAGAUGCCGUUCGCUGACCCUAUAGGUGAAUCCGGCACUGGACCCUCUCGCCAAGCAGUCCGCGAGGAACUGCUUCAUAUCGUGCAUCAUGUUGCGGACCGUAUCGCUGACUCGGUCGGUCGCACACAGAUAUUGUAUGACGAUACGCCGCUCCCGAUCGAUUACAAGGUCGUAACGGCUAAGAAGGGAAGAACGACUGUCAGGUUCACUGGCAAGAGUACCCUUGCUUCUGCACGCGGAUCUGCCGCGCUCAAGCCUCGCGAAUGGGGCACGGCUCCACCCUCGCGCGUCGCGAUACUGACGCCGAUGCCCACGACCCAGUCCCCAGCUGCAGCCCUCGACCCAUCAUCGACACUCGCCCGCAACACGAGUUACCGCGCCACCCUCACCUCGGCAAUGGGUGAGCUCUUCCUUGCUACAGCCCAGGACCCGUCUUCAGGCAUGCUCUACGCUCCCGAUGUACUCGGCAUCCGCCGUGACGAUAACGACUCGCUCAACCAAUCAGAGCCCGACUUCGACCCCUACCUUCACGGUGAAAGGCUGAGCGACGAUGAUACACGCGAGUUGCUCCAGCCUGUUGCCGUGGACCGGUCGAGUCAUAAGGCGUUGGGUGCGCUGGUCGCGCCUUACGCUGUGAACGUUCUUGCGUUCCCCGUCAGCGGCACCGCUCCGAUAGGUACCGCUGACUCAUCAUUAUCUCCACUGUCCCCUUCCCGUGCGCUUGAGCGCGCACUUCAAGUCUGUGCAGGCACAGGCAACCGUGUUGUCGUGUUUGAUGGCUCGCGCACGGACGUUCGUGAGGCCGCUGAGCUUUUGGCGUGCUCGGCGGCCAAGUUCAAGAACGUGUUUGAUCAGAUCGUGUUCGCUGGUCUUGGCGAUGCGUCGAGGAGGAAGUUCAGACAGGCGUUUGAGAUGAGGAUUCUUGAGGAUGAGCUUGAUCUUGCGCUUGAGGAUAGCGGAGAGGAGGAGGAUGAGGACGAAGAGGAGAUGGAGGAGGUUGUUGUUUGA